AUGAUUAUUCAAAAUAAAGAUAAUAUUUUACAAUCAGGUUUUAUUUGCACUAGUGGAAAUAGUAGUAGUGGUGUACAAAUCUCAUUAUCAAUUGCUAUUACUAUUACAUACAAUAUGAUUUUUAAAACUAAAACAACAUUUUCUGGAUCAGCUGUAAUUGGUUUAGAUCAAAUUAACAUUAUUUUACAAUUAUUAGAAGACAUUUAUUUUGUUUCAAUAUUUCUUAAUCUUGAACCAAUUUUAAUAGUAAUUUCACAUAUAGGAGAUGAUAUAUUUAAUGGAACAGAUUUAGAAUUUCAUUAUAAAGAUGAAAAUGCAUUAGAUAUUUGGAAAAAAACCAAACUUUUACAAAAUAUGAUGAAAUAA